AAGGGCAAGACCGAUAUUUCACGUUCCCAUUGUCCAUUUCUAGGCAUCCGGCGUUCUCGUCCUUAUCGGUUCUCCAUUACCUGGCUACUUUUCUAGCUUCACUGGGUAUUCAUAUCUUCUCAAUUACAGUGGUCGGUUCACUCAAAGAAUCUGUAAAGGGAUUUUUGUUUCGUGAUGUCUGACACCAACCCCUUUCCCUUGCCUUCAGAUCAAGUUGAGGAGUAUGCUCCAGAUUUCAGUCACAGUGGCUAUGUCUCACCUCUCUCAAUAAGUGGUCAACAGAAUGAGGAAUUUCCUCAUGAUGGCCAAUUUGUGCAGAGUGAUCAAUUUGUGCAGAGUGAUGUCCCUAAUGAAAGUGAUGCCGGCGCGCAUCAGGUGGAGGAUAAUAACUUGCUUUGGCCAGUUCUACCUGGUGAUUCUGGUGAAGGUUUACCGUAUGCUCCUAUUGAUUGGCCAUAUCCUGGUGAUGUUUGGACUUGGAGAGUAGGAAGGAGGUUUAACUCUUCUGGCUACUUCCAAGAUAGAUUUCUGUAUCUUCCAAAACGACUUGGGAAACAGUCUUUUGCCAGCAAGGCUGCAAUUGCGAAUUAUAUUCAAUCAGAAUUCCCCGGUUCUAAUAUUGAUGCAUUUUUUGCAUCCUUUGCUUGGAAGAUCCCUGUCAAAAUUCAACCUCCAGCAAAAGAGGAACCUGCCAUCUCUACUUUGGAGAACCCUCAGCAGGAUGAAAAAGUUGCAGGUCAAGAAGAAAAGAAAGAAGAAAACUUUGAUUCAGGCUGGGGAAAAAGGAGGAGGAGUACAGUAUCUACACCCAAACAAGCAAAACAGAAUGGAGCAACAUCAUCUCCCAUUCCUAAGCGAACAAAAAAGAGCGGAGCCAAAACAUCCUCAACGCCUAGACAAACAAAAAGUAAAUUAUCGCCCACUCCUAAACGAACAAAACAGAGCCGAGCUACACCCACUUCUAGGCAAACAAGACAGAAUGGAGCUACUUUAUCAUCCACAGGUAAGCGGAAAACUAGGCAUUCUUCUAGACAAGCUGUCCCCAAUGAUGAAGGUGGUGUAUUUAGCACAGAGGAAUCAAUAGUUGAACCAAUUCCAGAGGAUUUUGAUAACUAUCUCAACUCUUUGGAAGACAUUCUUACCCAGCCUGUUUCUGAAACCCAAGGACUAUCUUCUGCAAGCAUGGAUUCUUAUACAGCACAAAAUGAAUUGGCAGAAGCUCGAAGUAAGCUUUCUUCUCUUCUUGUCAUGGAUUUUCCUUCAUUGGUCUCAUCCAACAGCAUUUCCGAACUUACAACUCUGGCAUCCAAAGUUCAAAAGGAUCCUACCUUGAAUGCUGAACAACUUGUUAAAUUGAAGUUGAUUGAGGAAAUUUCAUCAUUCAGCGAGGUCUUCCUUGAGAGUAGAGAAUUAAUAGAGCAGGUUGAGGAAUUCUUUGCCACCCUUGAGGGUAAAAAGGCCAAGGUUGCUUCUCUGAAGAACGAGUAUAAUGAAUUGAAGGAAAAAACAGACCAGCUACAAUCGCAGGUGGAUUCAAAUUUAUUGACUGUGCAAGAAAUUGACAAUCAAAUUGCUCUACUUCAAUCCAGGCGAGCUGAGCUUACUAAUGCAAUUGAGACAAACAAGGAAGCAAAGGUUGAGGUGACUUAUGCUCAGAAGAUGGUGGCAAAUGCUAUUCCCAAAGUAGUGAAUGAGAUUCAGCUGGCCAACUCCAGAUUGCCAGAAUUGGAGCUGAAAAAGAAAAAUGCAUUAAAGCGUGAAUCAGAAAUUCUGGCAAAAUUUGCCCCUCUGCAAGGUUUUUCUCUUUAAGCAAUGUCUUUAGAUCCCUUUUUUUUUUUUUAACAGUCUUUAGAAUUAUGCUUUCAUGUUUAUGGCAAUACUUUCUGUUGCAUGGUUGGAUUUCAUAUCGUUUGUUAUGAUAUUACAACUUAUAUUCCUUGGAUGGAACAUUGAUAAUUUAAUUGGGUCCCUUUUAGUUAA